CCCAACACGCACAACACCACCAAAUAUUCCCCUCCUCACCAAAAGCCAUCAGAUCUGAAUCUCCUCCUCCACGCAAUGAAGCCCACUUCGUCAGUCUCCACGGCGGCGCUGGCGGUGGCGGCGGUGCUCCUCCUCAGCCUGGUAUCUGUCAAUGCCUACGACGACCAGGUGUCGGCGACGCCGGCGCUGGUGAAGAAGGUGAAGGGAAAGAAGGUGUGCGACAAAGGGUGGGAGUGUAAAGGGUGGUCGCAGUACUGCUGCAAUCUCACCAUCACUGAUUUCUUCCAGACUUACCAAUUCGAGGAGCUCUUCUCCAACCGCAACGCCCCGGUGGCUCACGCCGUUGGGUUCUGGGACUUCCAGUCGUUUAUUCUCGCCGCCUCGCUUUUCCAGCCUCAAGGGUUCUGCACCACCGGCGGGAAGCUCAUGCAGAUGAAGGAGCUCGCCGCGUUUCUCGGACACGUCGGCAGCAAGACCUCUUGUGGGUAUGGUGUGGCCACUGGAGGACCAUUGGCCUGGGGACUUUGCUACAACAGGGAAAUGAGUCCGAUGCAGUCAUACUGUGAUGACUUCUACAAAUACACAUAUCCUUGCUCUCCUGGAGCUGAAUACUAUGGUCGGGGAGCUUUGCCUAUUUACUGGAAUUACAAUUACGGUGCAGCUGGGGAAGCAUUGAAGGUUGAUCUGCUGAACCAUCCAGAAUACAUUGAGCAGAAUGCUACUCUUGCCUUCCAGGCUGCAAUAUGGAGGUGGAUGACUCCUAUCAAGAAAUCACAACCCUCAGCUCACGAAGCAUUUGUUGGCACUUGGGAGCCCACCAAGAAUGAUACAUUGUCCAAGCGGCUUCCUGGAUUUGGCGCAACAAUGAAUCUUCUAUAUGGGGAGAGUGUUUGUGGCCAGGGAGACAUUGACGCCAUGAAUACCAUCGUUUCCCAUUACCAGUACUACCUUGACCUUUUGGGUGUCGGUCGUGAGCAAGCAGGUCCCCAUGAAGUGCUAACUUGUGCCGAGCAGCUUGCAUUUAAUCCGAUUACCAAAGCAUCUUCUUGAACUCUUUCAGUGGUGCGUGAGAUGAAUUAUCCCGUUGCCAGGACUGUUACUCCCCGAGAUGAAUUAUCAAUAAAUGAAGAUGUCCAAGCUAGCUGUUCAUAGGAUUAUAUCGAGUGUAAAUUGUGAAAACACAUGACGUGGUAUUUAUAUGUUGCUUUCAUGGAAUUUUAUUUUUAUUCUUUUACAAUUGAAAUGCGUGAUCAUGUAAUUUGUAAAAUGUAAUAUAUGAACUAUAUUCUUGCCA